CGUACUAUUAGAGAAACUUUUAUGCCCCAUUCCAUAUCCCCUCAUACCUCUAUGCCAUCAGUCACAACCUCGCCACCACUACCAGACGGAACCGAAGAACAGAACUUUGAUAAAAGGAAGAAACACUUGUGGGUGUCAGACCAUCCAGAAGACGAACCAGAGAUGCAAGGACGUCAUAGGUCCUAUCAGUGUACGGCUAGCGGGGAUUGGGAUUAUCGUGACCGUAGCAGGGCGUUAGCCCCUGGCGAUAGUCCUGCCCAAGCAAAGGCAAGAGCAGAGGUACUGGAGCGCACCCUUAAAUCUUCCAGACGAAACAAAGAUGCCUCGUUGUAUUUACCUUCUGAAAUGUGCGCCUCCACACAAGGUGGCGCUUCCACCCUCCCUAAAUCGUGGAAGCCGGGAGAUCCAUCCAACGCUAGAACUAUCCCCCAUGAUAGAAUUCACUCCCCACAACCUAACCACAAUGAGCCACUACGCCACGGUGACAAUCACCGACCUGGUUCAUCUUACCCCCCCUCUUUGUCAGUAUUCAACUCUCCCACAGCAACAUACAUGUGGCCGAGUUUUCAAGCUGCUUCCCAAAUGAGCCACCGUCCAUUGAUUUACGUCAACUAUAACAAAGAAUCCCCCAACCCGAGUUCAACGGCGUCUACUCCUCCGCGAGAACCGGUGCCCCCGAGGACACCUCCAAGAGCGCUUUCUCGCCAUGAUCACCAUUUACCUGCCUCUAUACCACAGAAAAGGAGUCCAUCGCCUGACCUAGAGUACGUCACUUUCAACCAGCCAAAAAGCUCACUUUACAAUAAUGUAUAUUUUCGAUAUAGAAAUCCCCCAGCGUCUACACUGAAUAGAAUCAUUGAACCUCUCAAUCGUAUUCAAAUAUCACGCGGUGACUCGCAAUCACCAUCAUACCUUCAAUCGUCCAGAUACGGACCCGGCGGGCCUGCCGCGCAGUCUAACUCGCGCCAUGAUGACCCGCCACCUAACAAACGCAUCAACAGUUCUCCCCGCAGCGACUGGCAUAGCCACGAGGAGUUAAACGAUAGUAGCCCACCAUCAGACACAACGAGUGAGAGUUCAGCCGUUCCCCCUACGACUAGGAGGACGUCCCCAAAAAGUGAAGGUGGGGGAGAAUGGGAGCAAUAUGCUCACCAGACUUUGUCGUUCAACGGCUCAGGCAGAAAAUGGUUAUGUACAUGGGUCGUAACAGACUCGGGUCGACCAGUCACCUGCAACUACACGUCCAAAAAGCAACUCGUGAAACGACACGUCGAGACAACACAUCUAAAAUACAAACCGUAUGUUUGCAGCGUCUGUGCAAAAGGUUUCCCACAGAAAACAUCGUUAGACACGCACAUGCAUGGACAUACCGGGUCAACUCCACAUGAAUGCCGGUACGGGUGCGGUAUGUCUUUCAAAGAUCCUGCCAGGAGGCACAGACACAUGGUCGAGGAACAUGGCUAUGUCCCACGGCAAUCAAAGCGGAAACAUAAAGUUGGACAGCAGCCCGAGGAUCCUUCUGAUUUUGAAUCUGUGCGGCCAUGGGAUCUCGAAGGUAGUUCUAAGACUUGAUGACCAUAUCAGAGGAUGAGUAGCUGGACUACGAUAUUGACUUCAUUUUUAUUAUUAUGGACGCUGUUAUGCCUGCCUUCACCUAUUUUUCUUGGUUAUAUGGAACUAUGGAUAUGUUUCGAUAAUAGUUGUAUUGUAUUCGGUUUGUUACCAGGAGACCGUAUCUGUAAAUUUUGAUCAACUGUAUCUAACAUUUUUCUCGAAAUGGAUUUUCCAACA